GCGAUUUGAGGUGUUAGGGGAGGGGUUCAGGACCGUUGAAAAGGCCACGAAGAGAGUUGGAAAUCUGAAGGAGUGGUGGCAGGAGAGAACAGGCAGGCCCCAAGUUAAAGUUAGAGCACUGAGGUUCACCUGGGUAUUGCAGAUGAUGCUCCCCUUCUUCUGGAUAAUUCUCUUGGGUCUCCAAUGGGUAGACACCAGUGUCAGCAAUACCACUGUGUGGGACAACAGCACCAGUGUGGGGGACAACAGCACCAGUGUGUGGGACAACAGUACCCGUGGGUUGGGCAUUGCCAUCCAACCUAGGCAAGGUCUUACCAUGAGGUGUCAUACCUGUUCUGCGACGAACACCUUCCACUGCCCUAAUGUUUUCAAUUGUCUUGAAGGAUUUAGACGCUGUGGGACAAUUGCCUUACGUAUGAACUCUCGGGAGCUCUUAGUCUACAAACACUGCAUGCAGAACUGUACAUUUGUGCUGAUUCAGCCUCCCCCAACUGUUUUAACAAGACGGCUUCCAAGCACCAAUAGCUUCUACUAUUCCUACUGCUGCUCAGGCAUUCUUUGCAAUGAUAUAGGGCCUACUAAUAUAGAGAGGGAUUUGUUACCUCCUACUGUGAUUGAGGAAUCUGUGAUUGCCAGAGCUGUGUGUCUGGAUAAGUCCAACCUUCUUCUGAGUCUUUUCUUAAUCCUCUCCAGCGGCAUACUGACCUGAGAAACCCUCCAUGUGGAGUAAUCAUCUUACCACAGUUGUAAGCAAUUUUGUUAUUUGCUGUUUCCUUGUGAAGCAGAGGCACUGUUCAGUGCAUCUGUUGGGCCUGCUCCUAGCUUGUUAAAAAGACAGAAAUAAACGUGUUGUUUGUUGGAAA